UGGGAAGAAUGAGUGCUUUUGGAUUUGAUGGAUUGUGAAUGAAAAUCGAGAAAAAAUAUAUCGAUCAAAAAAGUAGAAAAACUCUCACGCCGUAGCAUUUGCUUUCUAAACAAACAGCACGAGACUUCUUUGGGACUUUGAUUUUCAACAUCGGUAGCGCUAAUUGCUGAAAAUAAACAACAAAAAGACUCUCAUAACUUAAUACCCUAUUAUCAAUUCAAAACACAAAUGGGCCUUUUAUAAAGUAAUAUCCUGCCCUUCUUAGACGACCACGCAAAGAAAAGUAUUCAAAGUGAAAAUUACUUUAAACUUGUUACAAUCCGUAGCUGCUUGUCCAUCUGUUUAAACAGACGAUAGGAAAGUCUUAAAUGAUUGGUUGGCUGUAUCGAGGUUAUUUAGGUGCGUGUACCAGCUCUAUUCACUUCGUCAAAGUUCGUGCUUUCUCAAUGCAUUUGCCUCUAAUUGGUGAACUCGAGGACCAAUCUACGAUGAAGAAGAAGGCCCAGGCGAAGGAGUACACCCGAGUAGCAUCCGACAUGGAGGAGCCAUGUACGUUUGUCUGCGAGCCCGCUAAUGACCCACAGGAUGGAAAGAGGAGACUCAUUAUUGCUACGCUAUUUUGUGUUGUCUUCAUUGCUUGCGAAGUAACCGGAGGGGUAAUCGCUAAUAGCCUUGCUGUUAUGAACGAUGCCCUACACCAGCUCUUUGACCUCAACAGCUUACUAGCAAGUCUGCUGGCCGCAUGGAUCGCAGGCUGGAAACCUAAUAGUCAGAAGACAUACGGGUACUUUCGUGCAGAGAUCCUGGGGGCAUGCCUUGUCAUCCUUAUGCUUUGGCUGCUGACCGGUGUACUGGUGUACGAGGCUGUCCUCAGACUGCUUGCUGGGACAGCCAUGGGCCACUCAGAUCACGUGAACGCUGAUGUCAUGAUGAUAACUGCUGGCUUCACCUGCGCUGCAAAUAUUGUCCUUGCCUUUAUGUUGAGUGGGGUUGGGCGUCAUCACCACAGUCAUGGCAGCUAUGAGAAGAAUGACAAUUGUGAGGGUAACAUCAACAUACGCGCUGCGUUUCUUCACACGAUAGGGGACAUCAUAUAUGCAUUUGGCGUUCUGCUUGCAGGACUUAUCAUCAAAAUCAAGCCGGAGUGGCAGAAAGCAGACGCCAUCUGUAGCCUGGUUGGCGCUGUGAUUGUUCUCGUUACCACCUACGCCGUCAUAAGAGAUUCCUUCAAUAUCUUAUUUGAAGGCGUUCCUCGGGAUGUGAGGAUAGCCGAGGUGAAGCGGGAUCUAUCUACCUUGCAUCACGUGGUCAGCUUUCAUAACGUGCACGUAUGGGCUCUGACAUCAGGAAGGAACUUGCUCACCGCCCAUCUCGUAGUGGAGCCUGAAGCUGAUACUCAGACCCUGCUUAAGAUCGCAUCCAAGCGUCUAUCUUCAAAAUAUAGUCUCUAUCAUUGCACCUUGCAGUUAGAAACCAUGAAAUCUCUGACAGGGGGCGUAGAGGACGAGAAUAGGCACUGCUAAGCUUAUGCGCGCGUGUAGAGAAAUGUUCACUAAUAACGUUUAUGAC